AUGCCUGCCAUCAACUUCAUCGACCGAUCCCACUCCCCCCACAUCUCCCCACUCGUCAAGCGAAGCAACUGGGCCAGCAAGAACCCCGGUGUGAUUCUGGUCUUCUGCAUUGUCUUCAUUGUUGGGGUGGGCGUUAUCUCGCUCUUCCUCUACCGCCGAUGGAUGAAGCGAAAGGCCGAGAAGGAGAGCUACGAGACAACGGAGUAG